GAGUCAAGAGACUGUGGGGGCAAAGAAUGUUUCCUCAGUUGUUCCGAUCGGAUUUUUCCAAGUCGACUAUUCGAAAGUGAGCUGUCGACUGAGCUCCUCACCUUUUCUCUUCGUGCGUUACUAGACAACGCGCGCGCGCGCUACACGCACUGGCCCGUCGAUCGCCAAGUCAGACCCACGUGGUGUGGGGAUUUUGAUAUUAAAAAAAAAAAGGAGGGAAAAAAAAAAGUGAAACCUGUUUUUGUAUAUCACUGGGUCUUUCCCGAACACGUUGAUCUUGUGGGGUGAUGUGUGAUGUGUUGUGUGAGGGAAAUCCCACUCAGUCACUAGUUACGAGCCAACCCAGUGUGAAUCAUGUCCCACUGGCUACUGAUUGAAUAAGUGCGAAAUUUCGUAAGGGAAAUCCCACCGACGUCACCCAUAUUGUAUUCUUACGACGUCUGAAUUGCCUUUGCUGCUGUGUUCCUAAUUUAGAUUUUUAUUUUAUUUUUCCUUAAAAAAAAAGAAGGUGGUUUAAGCAUGACAAUUGGAUGUCAUUGAGAAACGUGAUAGUUGGCUGGAUGUCUUUAGUCUAAUUAAAAAAAUCCGUAUUCAAAACCCGUGCCAUGGAAUACUCCAACGGGACAGCAGAGGCCUAUCGAUACCAUACACCGGCCUCGUAUGACACAUCAGCAUUCGUCAGUCAAGCCACUGCUUAUUGCGCCACCAGCAAUGUAUUGCCACCAGUGGAAGAUUUUCAUUCGGCAAGCGCAGCACGUCGAUUUCAUCCUUAUUUGCCAGCUGGUGAUCAAUCGAUUGUGGGUCCCAGUGCAGCCGAUAACGGCCAUUUUAGGAACGGAUUCUCUGGUCCGUGCGAUAAUCAAAAUGGUUUGGUUUUCGAACAACAACAAGCAGAUCACGUCCAAACUCAACAUCAUUUCGCUCCGUUUGCCGACGUUUAUCCGCCACCAUCAAACAUAAAAACGGAGCUGAAUGGAGGAGGAGGCAAUGAAACUGCAGAGAUUCUCGAUUUGGAUUCUCAUAAAGUUCACGUUUACCAACCGCCUGGAACUGUUAUGGGUUUACCACCUGCUCCUCCGCAUCAACAUCAUCAUCAUUCCGGCGGGGCUCUGGCACCUACGCCUCCAUACACUCCAGCAACUUCAGUCGGUUCGAAUUCAUCAUCGAUGGGCUGGAUGACUCCUACACCGCCACUUCCGUCUUUAGCUGCUCCACAUCCGCAUGAAUAUCGACCUAAUCCAUUUCCAACUUACGAUUUACCUCCUAUGACUGUCAACACAACUAACGGCAACAAUACAACGCCCAACAGCGCCCCGGUGGCGAAAUCCGCCCCUGGAUGGAAACCACCAGCCAAUGGGCAACCUACUGGAGGGGGAGGAAAUCAUGGGGGAGGUUCGGAGGCUCGUCGUCCCAAGACUUACAAUUGUGAAGCUUGCAACAAGUGGUUCACAUCCAGCGGUCAUCUCAAGCGCCAUUACAAUACGACGCUUCACAAGAAUGCCAUUAAAGCAUCCGGAGGGAAUUCUAACGGAACGGCUGCUGCAGGUGAGGGUCGCCGGUCGACUACACCGUCUAGUAGGAGUACUGGAACACCUACCAUCAACAGUCCAGCUGGAUCGGAUGAGAAAACGAUGGAUGACAUGCCCGUACCGAGACCAUCUCUCAACACCAGUCCUAAAAUCAUUCCAUCAUCACCUGGAAACGGGGACUAUCGACCACCAUCGCAACAAGCACCGCCUCCCUUAAUCCAUCAUCAACAACUGGUUCAAAAUGGUCCUCCACCACUUCAGUCUAACAUCAGUAACUACCCACCUCAGCAACAACAACUCAAUAAUUCUGCGAUGGAUGCAUACCGUUUGCCUUAUUCGGGACCUGGUAAUCCAUCCGGAUCGGGAAUGAUGACGGCUGGCUCUUCUGGCCCACCGCCGCCAGGUGGUCAUUUACCUUAUUACUGCCCCCCUCCUGUUAGCCAUUCGGGCUAUUCAUCACCGUAUCCCCAGCAUGCACAACAGCAACAACAACAACAACAACAGCAGCACGUCUAUCCUCAAUCCAACACUAUGAGCUAUCCCCCAAACUCCAUUGCCCCGCCCCCUAGCAGCAACGCCAACGUUCAGCAGCUGGGGGUGGGGCCAACAGCCUCGUCCCGCGGAAUCAUGCAACAACAUUACCAUCACGAACAACCGUUUAUGAACAACAACAACACAAUUAUGGAGCACAAUAAAAUUGGCAGCAAUGGCGUCGAAUUCAAUACGAUCGAUGCAGACGCUUUUCUGAUCAAAUCGAACGAAUCGGAUUGCAGCGCAGGCGGAAGCGACGAUUCUCCAGUCGGCAGUGAAGACGCUGAUUUGGAUAUGAGUGAUGCCGAAGAGCCGGAAAGAUUGUCUUCAGCUAACAUUGCCAUGCCAGUAAUGAACAAAACGAAUGGAGGAGCCGUCAAGUCCCGCGCCGUUGUGGCUGACAAUGGCGGAACGGCUACCGUUGGAAGUUUUAAAUGCACUCAAUGUGACAAAGCGUUUAAUCGUGUGUGUUACCUAACGCAGCACAACAAUACUUUUCACAAAGGUGACAAGCCUUUUAAAUGUCACAUGUGUGGCAAACGAUUUCCGAAUGCGGAAUUAUUUGAUCAACAUCAGCAAAAGCACGCAGGAGAUAAACCGUACAAAUGUCCGUUAUGUCCUAAACAAUUCAAUCACAAGACGGAUUUGAGGAGGCACAUGUGUCUCCACACUGGCCAAAAACCAUUCAUGUGCCAAGUUUGCAAUAAAGGAUUCAUCCGGAAGGAUCAUAUGGUCAAACACGUCCAGACUCAUACGAGACGCAACGCCCUGCAUUCCCAUCCACCGGCAUCCGCAUCAUGAACAAUUAUUUUUAAAAACAUAACAUUCAUUUUUUAAUAACCACUUUUGACCUAAUUUCUUUCGUUGUCUGUGUCUCUUCUUCUUCAAUUUUUAGUUCCCUCGCAGCGCCAAUCAAAAAAACGAAUAAUAUUUCCAUUUUUACCGAAAGAAAUUCUUUUGCCUUUUUAUCAUGAAAUGGUUGUGCUUUUGCCAAUAUCUGAGUUGGAGGAAAACAUUUGUUUGAAUAGCCACUUGAAAUCGGGAGUGUAGCUAAAUCAGUUGUUUCGAUGAAUUUGUUGAUUGUUGUGUAAAGAAAAACAAAAUUACAGGUGGGCUAUUGCGUAGCACUGACCUUGUUCGAGAGACAUGGCGCAAAUCCAUUUCGACAUUUCUACCUCAUUUGCCCAAUUUUUUUUAUUUUAUUUUAUUUUUUUUUUAACUACAAAAAUGAAUUUAUCUUGGCCAACAGCAGAAUGGAGCCAUUGUGUAGGUGCGCGGCCAUUGUUUCCAUAUUUGUGUGUGCCAAGAGGGUUGUGCUUCUUGCAUGUUCACGAAUAUUAAAAAAUUUGACUACUACCUCAUUCCAAGAUUUUUCGAUGCCAUUAUCGACAGUGUCACUUUCUUCAACCCAUGCCGAUGAAAUAGAAACAAAAGACGUUGCCUUUUUGAUGAAUUGUUUACGUGACUCAUUUCGACCGUUUUCUCCUGAUUUGUGUGCGUGCGCGCGUUCCACUGUCACCAUUUCUAUUGAAAAGCGCAAUUCAUCACCAAUAUAAUUGAUGUGUGUUUUUUUUUUAACAACUACCUCUCCUUGUUGGUGUGUUUUUAUUCUUUAUGUUUGAUAUCACGACGUGCAACAUAACAAAUAAUAUGAUUUUUUUUUUUCAUUUAGUUUUUAUUGGCCCUUUUCAUUUCCGUCAUCACCCGAUGAGAUAAAAACAAAAGAAAUGUAGGAUCUUGUGUGUGUGUGUGUGGAAUCGCAGUAAAUUUUGUUCGCCUCUGA